AUGAAGAUGAUAGAGACGAACCAGUUUAUUUUGACUACUAUGAUCCAGAUGUGGACAAAUGUUUGUGGUUCUGUACCAGGAGCCAGGUCAUCACCUUUUCCUGAUCCUAGUGGCCUUCCACGCAUCCCUCUUAUAGGUGGUUCUGUACCAAGAGCCAGGUCAUCACCUUUUCCUGAUCCUAGUGGCCUUCCAUUCAUCCAUCUCACAUGUUGUUCUGUACUAGGAGCCAGUUCAUCACCUUUUCCUAAUCCUAGUGGCUUUCCAUGCAUCCCUCUUACAGGUGGUUAUGUACCAGGAGCCGGGUCAUCACCUUUGCAUGAUCCUAGUGGCCUUCCAUGCAUCCCUAUUAUAAGUGGUUAUGUAUCAGGAUUCGGGUUAUCACCUUUACCUGAUCCUAGUGGCCUUCCACCCGGGGUUUUAUAUCGGGAGCCAGUUAGGACGGCAAGGUCAGGAUUCUCAGGGAGUAGUAGCAUGGGUGACAUAAAUACCCACAUGGCCUUGACUGAUGCUAUAGUAGAUACAUGGGUGGUACAGAAUGUUGGGAAUGGUGUUGCAUAUGGUUAUGAGAUGACAGGCAACAAUGAAGACCCUGCUAGUGAUUUUUUCUAUAAUGGGCCUGAGCAUGAAAAUGAGCCUGAGCAUGGGCAUGAGUCUGUGCAUGAGCCUAAAUCACCAAUGGUUCAUACGCCCCUUUAUUCGGGUACACACGGUGGAUCAAAUGAUGCAGAUUCGAAUGCCUCUCAUAGGCCAUUUAUCACACGAAAGUGGUACAAGUUUGGGAGACAAAGUAUUCAUUGGGUGAUCUUAAAGAUAUUUUGGCAGUCUAUAAAUGAACCUUGGAUUACUAUAGACAAAAUCCGAAGGAAGUUGUCACUCAAAUGUUUGAGCGUUUCAGGGUGGGAUCCAAAUGAAAAAGGGAUAAUUCGUGAAGGUUUUGAGAAUACACUGAAAGAUCGCUACAGGGGUAGAAUGAGGGAUGCUAGGGAAGCAUCAAUAAAUUCUGCAAGAAAAGCUGGCCACGUUAUCGCAGAUAUUAAUGAUAACUUUGAGAUUCUUGCAAAUUACAAUCCUGUUGAAAUACAUCGAGAUUUUUGGCGAUCUAGACAUACGGGUGGUAGCGUUGGAUUUGAGGAGCACCGUCUUAAAUUGAAACAGUUGACAGGUGAAGACCCCCCAGUCAUUGAUCUUUAUUAUAAGACACAUCUUACCGCCGAAUAA